AUGGCUUCAUAUAACCCCACUCCUCAAGCCCCAUUCGACCAUAAGAUUGUCAUAUCAAAGAAAGAAAUGAUCAGCAAUUUAUAUUCUGUGAGCAGGACAAAAAUUUUAGGAGGAGGAUGCUUCGGCCAGGUCGACAAAUGUGAAGAGAAAGCAUCAGGCUUAAAAUUAGCAGCCAAAAUUAUUAAAACCAGAGGUGCUAAGGAAAAGGUAAACCCCUGAAAUGUUACUUCCUUCCCCGGAUGAUGUGAAGAAUGAAAUAUUAUUCAGCUAUACAAUGCCUUUGAAUCCAAAAAUGACAUUGCUCUAGUCAUGGAAUAUGUGGAUGGUGGAGAGCUGUUUGACAGAAUUAUUAAUGAAAAUUACAAUUUAACCCAACUGUAUACCAUCGUGUUCAUAAAAUAGAUCUGGAAGGGGGUGAAGUAUAUGCAUCAAAUGUACAUUCUUCAUUUAGAUUUAAAGCCAGAGAACAUACUGUGUGUGAAUCGUGAUGCCAAACAAAUAAAACUUAUAGAUUUUGGAUUGGUGAGAAAAUAUAUACCCAGAGAGAAGCUGAAAGUGAACUUCGGUACUCCUGAGUUCCUGGCUCCUGAAGUGGUGAGUUAUGAUUUUGUUUCCUUUCCCACUGAUACGUACAUUGGUGUCAUGACCCAUAUGCUGCUUAGCAGACUAUCUUCCUUCCUGGGUGAAGAUGAUGCUGAGACCCUCAACAACAUCCUAGCUUGCAGAUGGAAUUUAGAAGAUGAGGAAUUCCAAAAUAUUUCUGAGGAGGCCAAGGAGUUCAUCUCAAUGCUUCUGAUUGAGUUCUAUAACUUAGAACAGAAUAUCAGAAACACUAGUGUUUCUUAUCUCUUAUCUUUCUAUGUGUUUCUUUGUGUCUAA